AUGGAUGAAAAUGAAUACGAUGAAUACACACAAAUCUCAUGGAGUGAUACUAUUAAAGGUCUUAUCAAAGAUCCAGAAUCAAGAAAUUCAAUUUUAGAAAAUUUAAAAAAUAUUUCAGUAUUUAUUGCUUCCUCAAUGAUUAUUGCAAAAUAUGCUCAUAAAAUUUGUGAACCACAAUUACUCUCAAAAAUUUUAUUUGAAUCUUAA